UGGGCGUGUAACUCCUCAACAUGGCCGCGCGAGAUAGCAAGCAGGUUCAACAUGCUAACAAGGACUAUUUCGUAUUUCCUAACCCGUUUUUGGUAGUGGCAGUACUGUUCGGACUGUGGUUACUCGGGAUCUCCACAUUUGCACCAGAUAGGAUACCCUUGUUUCUCGGACCACUAGGAGACUUUGCCAGACACCUUGGAAAAAACUACCCCAGUGUGUGUCUGGGCUUGACCGUGAUGACGUUGGUGGUGCACUGUCUGGAGGCAGCGUAUGCGGAGAAGCUGUGCAUAGACAAACAGCUCAACAUGGGGGCCUCUGUCAAGUGGACGCUACAGACACUGAUAUUUGGAUUUCCUUCUCUGAUUAGACUAAAACCAUACUCGCCACACAAAAAACUGUCUUAACUAAUAUAGAUAGAGGAUACUAAACGACCUUCCGUGUAAUACCAUAUUUUUCCUUAUCCUGACUCAUGCUAAUUAUGCUUGUCUCCUUCCUCUUG